AUGUCAGAAAUAUAAUCAUAAAAGUGAAUAUUGUUACCAGACUACAGUUAACUGUCGUCCUUGUGUGGAACUCAAGCAAGAACUGUUGUUCAAACAAAUUUGUUAUUACAAGGAUUUUUAAAGUACAUAUAUUAUGAACCCAGAUUCAUUGCAAGAAGCCGUGAAAUGGGUUGCUUAUAAGAAUCCAGUUGUUACAAACUCUAUUCAUGGUUUUAAUUCAAUGUUGCAUUGGAUCGGUUUGACCAGUGGAAGUGAACAGAAAAAUCUGGUUAAAAUGGAUAGUCGUAGUUUAAUACAAUUGAUUGGAAAAAAUAUUUAUUUUUAUAAAAUUGCUGGUGUAUUAGGGGCAUCGGCCCUUAUUUUAGGGGCAUAUGGUGCACAUGUUGUAUCUCACAAAGCUACUCCAGAAGAGGCUAAAAAUUUUGAAACUGGAAAUCGAUUACAUUUCUAUCAUACCUUGGCAUUAUUUGUAGUUCCAUUUUGUCGAUUUCCUGUUGUGACUGGAAGCCUUUUUAUUAGUGGCACAAUUUUAUUUUGUGGUACUUGUUAUUAUAAUGGUUUGACUGGAGAUAAAUCAUUCAACAAAUUAGCACCUACAGGAGGUAUGUUAUUGAUAUCUGCUUGGUUAUCAAUGUUAAUAUAAAAGUUGUAAAAUAAAUAAUUGUUCUAAUA